CUCAGCUUUCCCAGCAAAUGCAACGCUCGUACUCCUCGCAUCAACAGCCUCCCUCCUCCGCUCUCAAAAAAAAAAAAAAACAGCCUCCCUCCUCCCUCCCGAAGGCCAAAGCUACCCUCCAUCAGCUACAACAAGCGACAGGCGGCGAUCGCCUGCGGUCGUGCGCGCGUGGCGUACGUGCGGCCACCGAGUAGCGGCAUCUGAGAUGGUCCUGCGCCGGAGACAGAGACCGGCGGCGGCGGCUGCAGGUGGGCUGCUCGGGCCGUGGCUCCUCGUCGCCGUGCUUGUAUACUCCUCGUUCCUCGGCUCCACCGUCUUCUUGGCAGUCGACGCCGCCCGCACGUCGGCGUUCGUGGCCGUGGCGCCGCUACCGAUGGCCCCUUCGCCAUCGCCGACCGCGGCCGAGCUUGUCGGUGACAGCAAGCGGAAGGUGCCCACCGGUGCAAAUCCGCUGCACAACAGAUGACAAUCAUCGAGCGAGCAGCAGCUGGGAAGGUGAGCGACGCAGCGUUCGGUAGCAUGUGAGAAGCGAGGAACAAGCGAGUUAAGCUGUCAGGGAAGCCAUGCAUAUGAAGAAGCUAGCUAGCUACUGCUGCUCCUUGGUGAGACCGUAAGAGAGCAGAGAGCAGCCAAGCGGAAAGGGGUGGCGGUGGAGAGAUCGGCAAUGGCGCGGCCGCCGCCACCGUAAGCUUCUGAUUCUGCUUCUUUUCUUCUCCACACUUUUUUUUUGUUUCUCUUUGAUCUGUCGAAGCUGUGAUCCGAGAGGAGAAAUGAAGCUGAAUGAGAAGGGUACUGUGGAGUGCCACAUGCUUUACGUAGCUAGCCACAGCUAGAUAUACUAUGCUCUUCUUGUUUUUAGCAUGUCAUGGUUGCGAAUUGAUCAAUGCUUCAAGUAAAAACGUUCAUGUACUCAUUGGUUUCUUCUUUUCUAGCAAUAAAAAUGCACAUAUAUGUCUAUUCUGUGCAUUCUUCUAUACAUGUAACUUUAGGAUCGAUUACAUUGGAAACUUCUUCAAA